AUGCUAAAUUGUCAAGGCUGGGGACACUUAGAAAAUGAAUGUGGAAGUGCAGAUGUAAGAGAGAAGAAGAAGAAAUAUAGUAAAAAGAAGGCUCAUAUGGCACAAGCAAAGCGACAAGAUGAUAGUGAAAGUGAUUCAGAUGGAGAAGCAGUUGUAUUAAUGACAACCACCUGCAACUUUACCAGUAGUGGAGAUUUAGAAACAUGGUAUCUGGACAUUGGUUGCUCAAAUCACAUGACUUGUAAUUCAAGUUGGCUAGUGAGUCUUGAUGAUAGUAAAAAAUGCACUAUAAAGCUUGCAGAUCACAUUACUAUCAGAAGUGUGGGAAUUGGGAAUAUUACUUUCAAAAUGAGUAAGGGAAGCCUUGUAGUAAUAGAAGAGGUGAUGUAUGUGCCAUAUAUGAGGUGUAAUCUGAUGAGCUUGGGCUAG